AUCGAGUUACCAGUAGUGUACUCUCUUCAAAAUCUUGAGACGUACUGGCAAGGUAGGCAUAAAUUACCCUGUCUAGAAACCAAGUGGAGUUGACAGGUGCUGGCCGACCAUUCCAUAUAGUCGGGGAGUAGCGUUUGUGUCUGGCAUCCUUUUAACCACCUGACUUAUUCUAGCUUGUGAUGAGUCCAUCAAAGGACAUAGCCCCAAUGUCAGGCGAGCAUGAAGCACUCUCCUCCAACAUAAGCUCUUCUUCCUCCAUCGGACUACAGGAUGGAAGUGAGGACCAUGCAAAAGUCGACCUUGCUGCCAUGACCGAACUCUCAGAGAUCAUUGUUGACGAAAUAAGCAGCAGCAACCGACGGCGACAAAGCUCACCCAGGGAACAAAUCUUUCGUGUACCCAAGGAGAUGUUACGUGCUGCCGGCGAGGGCGCGUACACGCCGACGUUUCUUUCUAUAGGACCAUAUCACCAUGGCGCCACGGAAGAAAUGUGGCGCAACGAGCAGCGCAAACUUGUUGGCCUUGGUGGCGUCGUCGAGGAGGGCGGGCCGUCGGUGCUCGAGUACGUGAAGAGCAUUGCGGCCAUCGAGGCCAAGACGAGGAUGUGCUACGAAGGUGACAUCUCGAUGGAACGAGGUGCGUUCUGCAAGAUGCUUCUGCUUGACGGGAUGCAACUGAUAUGUCUGCUUGAAUUUAUCAGCCAUGGGCAGGAAGCCGGCGAUGCCAUCGCCGAGCCAUCCAACCGCACUGCUACUACUUGUUGUGAUGCCGUUGCUGUGGCCGUCCAACGGAUCAUCAGCAACAAGAAUCAGGCUCUCUGCUGGCGAGGCCAAAGUCAGAGUCAGGGAGGAAGCCAGGAUUGCAGUCAGCACGCCAACUGCGGAGUCAAAACUCGUAACUUGAUCAGGACCUUACACGACCUGAUGAUUCUGGAGAACCAGAUCCCGUUCUUUGUGGUCGAGAGGAUAUACGCCUUGCGUUAUGCAAAUAGCCCAGUAACAGAGUAUGGACAAGUGAGGCCGGCGGUUAUGGAUCUAGCCUGGCGAGCCAUGACAGCAAUCUUGGACGGUGCCCCGACAGCGGCAUCCCAUCCCGUCAGAGACUGCAAACAUUUGAUCGAUCUGUGCCAUGUUUACUUGAAGCCAACCUGUCUACAGCACAAAGAACCGGGUACCUAUGGAGGAAGAUUCCGGCGAGCCACGGAGUACUACGAGGCCGGCGUCAAGUUCAGGCCGUGGAACGCGGACGACACAGGCUCGCAGCGGCCCUCGCUGGACGUCAAGUUCUCCAAUGGCGUCCUGAGGAUGGCACUCCAGAAGGUGGACGAGAAGACCGAUUACAUCCUCCGCAACGUCCUGGCGUACGAGCAGAGGUACGCCACCGGCGACGAUUGCUACGUGACGGCGUAUGUGUUUUUCAUGUCGCAGCUCCUGGGGGAGCCGGAGGACGUGGCGCUACUGGCGCGGCGGGGGAUCAUGGGGCACCUCCUGGGCAGCGAUGCCGAGGUGUGCGCGCUGUUUCGGGGGCUCACCAACGGGCCCGCCUUCGACCCGGACGGCGACCACUACCUCAACUGGGUCGGCGUGGCGCUGCGGAGCCACUGCCGGCACCGCCGGCACCAGUGGCGCGCCUGGGGGCGGAGGCACCACUUCGGCAAUCCAUGGCUGGUAGCGGCGUGGGUGUUCGGCGCCACCACCGUGCUCUGCACCAUCCUUCAGACGGUGUUUACUGUGCUUUCCUACGUCAAUGGAGCACAACCCCAUAACAACUGAUGAACAAACGUGAUUGAUUAUACUCCCCCUGCGUUCAAGAAAUACAGCUACUUCUAGCUUUCAAAUUUUCUUUUGUAAUAACUGCGUCAUGUGUAACCAGUUUAAUCUAUACUAUAAAGAGUGCGGCAAUUGAAAACAAUUCCCACUCAGAGUUAUACUAUGUACAUCUCUGGGUA